GCUGAAGGUGUUGCCGGGACUUUACGCGUUUGGCCAACACGACUCGCUGGUCGCCGCUAGUGCUUCUUUGCGGCCGACUGAGUGCUGGGUCGAAGCGAACUUGGGCAAGACGCGGGUCCUCAACGCAGCAGGAGGGGAUGCGCCGCCCGGCGUCGACGUCUUGGGCCCGGACGUCUGCAGCGGCAACCUGCCCCCGGAGCAGCAUGGAUUCGUCGCUCUCGGCGUGCCCAGAAGUCACCCAGACUCCGUUCAAGCCCAAGCAGCUAACCCCUUGACGCCGAGGCCGACUUACUCCGCAAAAUCGGGCGCCUGGCUCUUGCUUGCUUUCUGCGCGGCGCCUCGCGCACAACACCUGCUCCGAAACGUGCCGCCAGCUGACAUCCUACCGUACGCUCGCGGUCACGACGAUGCCGGGACGAUUGCGGUCUGGGCGGUCGUUGAAAGCCAAGGCGGCGACCAGGGACCCGGCGAGGGAGACGACUGGGCUGCUGCUCGUUUUGCCUCCGAGCCUGGGAGGUCUCGGUCUCGUGGCUGCGGAGCGGGUUUCACCGGCAGCAUAUUGGGCGGCGUGGGCAGGGCGUGGGCAGUCGCGCUCCCGGUGUCGCGCUAA